CUGCCGAUCAGGAAAGAACUGGCAAAGCCACUCACUCACCAGACAGCAGUCACCACGUCCAGCUCCACACACCAGCGUCCGAGCUAGCACGCACUCGAUCGCGUCUGUCUCGCUGAGCCACUGACAAUGGCGUCGCAGCAGCAGAGCAGGAAGGAGGCCGCCUCGAAGCGGGAGGAAGGCGGCCAGGGCGGCGUCAGCCUGGAGGAGAUCGGCAAGUUCCGCGCGGAGGCGCAGCAGAACUCGGCGGACGCCAUCCGCGCCGCGCAGGAGCGGUACAACCAGAACCUGCAGCACGGCGGCGCCGCCGUUGGCGCCAGGGGGGCGGUGACCGUCACCCAGGCGCCCGGCGCCACGGUCGUCUCCUACCAGGAGCACAAGACCCUUCCCGAGGGCGCCCAGCAGGGCCGCGCGGCGCACGGGCACGGCGCCAACGCGCCGGCAGGGGGCACGACGGCGUCGUCUCGGGGCACCGAGAUGCAGCACGCCGCGAGGCAGGAGGAGGGCCGUGGGCAUGGCACGGCCCACAAGGAGCAGAAGGGCUCGGCGGCGGUCACCCGCGCGGCCGAGGGCGGCCACGACAAGCAGGGCAGAGAGAGCGCCGCGCGCGGCACCAACGCGCCGGCAGGCGCCACGGUGGCGUCUUCUCGGGGCGCUGAGAAGCAGCACCACACGAAGCAGGAGGAGGGCCGUGGGCAUGGCACGGGCCACAAGGAGCAGAAGGGCUCGGCGGCGGUCACCCACGCCACCGAGGACAGGGGCAAAGAGGGCGACUCCGCGCGCAGCGCCAAGGACGCGGCCAUGCAAGCGCUCGGAAUCACGGGAGACCAAACUGUGGCCAAGGGCGCCGGAACCAAGGACGCCGGUGCGCAUGGCGCGCAGGUCACCGCGGAAGGGACGGAGGAGGCCACGGCUACCGCCGCCGAGUACGCCAAACAGGCCGCAGCAAAGGCGAAGGAGGUGACGCUGACCACGGGCGAGAUGACGGCGGAGUACGCGAAGCAGGCCGCCGUGAAGGCCAAGGACGUCACGGUGAGCACCGGCGGGACGGCCGCGGAGUACGCCAAGACGGCCGCCGAGAAGGCGAGGGAGGCGGCGCUGGCGGCAGGCAAGACGACGGCCGAGUACACGCAGCAGGCGGCGGUGAAGGGCAAGGACGUCACGGUCUCCACCGGCGGGACGGCCGCGGAGUACGCCAAGACGGCCGCCGAGAAGGCCAAGGACACCGCGCUGGCGGCCGGCAAGACGACGGCAGAUUACACUCAGCAGGCGGCGGUGAAAACCAAGGACGUGACGCUGUCGACCGCCGCGCAAGCGGCGCAGAAGGCCAAGGAGGUGACCGCGGUCACGGCGCAGAAGGUGGCGGAGUACACGAAGGAGAUGGCGGAGCAAGGGAAGAACGCUGCCGCCCAGGCCGAGGAGAAGGCGGAGGAGGCCGCAGCCCGCGCCGCUGACAAGGCGGAGGAGCCGAGCUUCGACACGAGCACGCAGGCCAAGCGCUCGGCCGCAGGGGCAGCGGACAAGACCCGCGACAUGACCGCACAAACCAUGAACAAGGCCGAGGACGCAACCGGAGGCACGGGGGACAGGACCGGAAGCAUGGCUGCCCAGGUGAAGGACACGACCGGAGCCAUGGCGCAGAAGGCCACUGACACGGCUGCGUACGUCAAGGACUCGGUGAUGGGCGCAGCGGGAGGCACGGCGGACAACACCCGCGACACCACCGAGCAAACAAUGGGCAGGGCCAAGGAGGCUACCGGAGACGCAGGGAAUAGGACCGGGAGCAUGGCCGCCCAGGUGAAGGACGCGACCGGAGCCAUGGCGCAGAAGGCCGGCGACACGGCCGCGUACAUCAAGGACUCGGUGAUGGGCGCGGCGGGAGGCGCCGUGGACAAGACCCGGGACGCCACGUCGCAGGUCGCGCAGAAGACAGGGGAGGCGACGAACAGAGUGGUGGAGACCGGCAAAAGCGCCACCGGCGGCGGCAUGACCGGGACGGCCAAGGCGAAGGGUGAAGGCACCGAAGACACCAAGAUCGUGGAAGACGUGCUGGAAGCGGUGGGCGCGGGCAUGGAAGCGGUGGGCGCGACGGUGUACGGGAUAGCGCAGCACACCAAGGGGAUCGUCGCCGGCGAAGAGGAGCUCAUCCCGGUCGAAGGGGAGGCCGGGAAGGUCGCCGGAGCCGGUGAAGGCAGGAAGAAAUCCGAGUGAGCAGAUCCACACGUACGUCGCAGCAAAAAUGUUAAGAGAAUGUUGGUUGUGCAGUCACUGUGAUCAGACACGGUUAAAAGGGUGUUGUAUAUAGUUGUAAUACUAAGUAGUGCACUAUAUGGAGUGCUCAGGUGAGUCGAAUAAUGGUCGUUUAUAGGUAAGAGGGACUAUGUCCAGAUGUUGAAGCUGCUGCUACUAGUACGUUUGGAAGCGCUCAGCUAGUAGAAUACUCAAAUCUUAUGGAAUGAAAUGGCUAUGUAGUGUGAUACAUCGUGCACUUAGCCAAGUGAACUAGGUAAAUGUUCGUGUAAAUCUGAAGUGAUACUUGUCCACUUCAAUAUUAGAAUCAUCAAGCUCUAUAGGGGGAAACC